AUGAAGAUCGUUUCUUGGAACAUAAGAGGGUUGGGUGGGUUCGAGAAGAGGAAGGAUGUAGGCCAGUUGGUGGGGGAACUGAAACCCUUUAUUCUUUGUCUGCAGGAGACGAAGCUACAAAAUUGUGAUGUUUUUCUUUGUUCUAAUCUGUGGGGUAGCUCUUUUCAUGGGUUUUCCUAUCGCCCUUCGGUUGGGGCUUCAGGCGGGAUUUUAACUUUAUGGGAUUCUUCUGAGGUGGAGAUGUGGUGGACAGAGAGUCGUGAGCACGUGUUGUGGUGUCAUGGUCGUUUCACUAAGUCUGGAGAAGAGUUUUAUGUGGCAAAUGUCUAUGCCCCUUGUGAUGAUGGGGCACAGCAACGGCUGUGGGAGACUAUUUCGGAGCGGCUUCAUUCGCUGGUGGGGAAGAGAGUGUGUGUGUGUGGGGAUUUUAAUGCCGUGAAACGAGUGGAUGAACGACGUUCGGUGCGGGGUGGUCAUUGUUCUUUAGAUCACGUUCCCUUAAGUCGGUUCAUUGAAGAUAAUUCCUUGGUUGAUCUCCCCUUGAUUGGUCGUAAGUUUACUUGGUUAAAGGGGGGUGGUUUGUCUAUGAGUUGCCUAGAUAGAUUUCUCCUUUCUGAGGAGUGGUGUUUGGUUUGGCCUAACUGUAGGCAGGUAGCCAGACUGUCCUCUUGUCUUAUCGGCGAAUGA